UUCGCAUUUUAGAUAUUUUUGUUUCUUGCUGGUAUACUGAAGCACGUGACAUCCUGUCUAACCGUAAGAUAUCGUGCGCGCGAUAAAUUGGUAUGUUAGUAAUUAUAACCUUUAUAUAUGACGUAUGAGAUAUAAAUAUAAGAAAUAAUUAAAAGCAAUGUUUGGAAAUAAGAAAAAUAAUUUGCCACCCAGACCACAUCCUCCAGCACCUGAGCAAAUUUUGGAAGAUCUCCAAAAUUCUAACAUAAGCGACAUAUGUUUCAAAAUUCUCUCGAAAGGUGAACCGCGUAAUGAAGAUUUACAUUUUCCAAUGAAUACAAACGAUCCUGAAAAUGUUUAUCGAAAAGUUAAGACUUACCUGGAUGUCAAUCGGAGACUUGAAGAACUGAAUGAAUCGUUGCAUCAAGAAAGUAAUUCGUUACGUAGUGCUGAUCAAGAAAUGAAAAGACUAGUUCAGGAUAUUCGAAAUCAAGCACUCGAAGCACUUGUCAAGAUCUCCUCCGAUAGAGAAUAAAGAUGUAUUAUUCACAACUGGAAAUAUCCUUGGAUUAUUACUGGACGGAUUUCAAAGGACAUGCUCGUUAAAAUAAUCAAUUGGAAAACCGAGGAAGGAAAUUGUUUGAACGACGUGAAUCCGAACAAGAACAAUUUGAACGUGAGUGAUUCGAAUGAUGUCCAAAUGAAAUAGAAAAUAAUUAAAGGUAAUUUUUUCCUUCGAUUCUCGGUCCGGAUUAACAUCAGAUGUCAAUAUCCCAAUAUAUUAUGGCCAAUGUAGGUAGCUGCCAGAGGGAAAAAUUUAAACCUAACUACCACAUAGCGAUACCAAGUGCUAUUUGUUAAUGAUGAUAACAAUAAUAUUCAUAUUAAAAAUAUGAAAAAGAGAUUGCAGAAAUAUCGCAUCGCGACGCGGGAUAAAAGUGAAGUAAUGUAGUAAGCCAGUAUUGCUCCCACGUGUAUAGUAUAAGAAUUACAAAAGCAGCAAAGUAGAAGGAAUUAGUCAGAAUCGUGUAAGUCAGUCUUAUAAAAUACCGAAUAACAAUUGUAAUAGUAGCAGCACUAGUAGUAGUAAGGUAAUAUAGUGAUACGGUAAAACGCGAUAAUGAAAGAACAUCACGACCAACAUAAUAAUGUCCUCUGCGUCAUAAUAAAGGUACAAGUGCGUCCCA